AUGUCUUUCCCGAAAACACAAAGCGAAUGGCGAACCGCGUUAGAUGCACUUCCUUCUACCCCAGAGAAAAUCCCUGCUUUCUUCUUUGGGCACGGGUCCCCGAUGCUCAUUGCCAGGCAGGUCACGAACUCACCCAUGACAAGUACUAUGGGCCCGGGGGGCGAUCUUGCAAAUUUUUUGCGUGAUCUCGGACCAGCUUUGAGGGCCAAGUACAAGCCGAAGGGCAUUGUCGUAUUCAGCGCUCACUGGGAAACGAUAGGGGUACGUCAUGUGACGGAUUACGGAGACAGGAAUCCUUUACUCAUGGACUACUUCGGGUUUGAGCCUUAUUAUUAUCAACAAACAUUCGAAUCCAAAGGAAACCGCGCUUUGGCUGAGCGCAUCAUCCUGUUAUAUAAAGAGGUCUCUCAACAGAAAGUAGGCGGAAAAGCCAAGCUCUCCAGCAUUAAUGAGAACCGCGGAUGGGAUGGCCGGACUUCUCCGCCACGUCAAGGCCCGGGAUUCGACCAUGGGGUUUUUGUUCCUUUCAAGCUUAUGUUUGGGGACAAGGUCGAUGACGUGCCUAUCGUUCAAGUAUCCAUCGAAAGGUCUAGUGAUCCAGAACAGAACUGGGCGGUCGGAAAGGCCUUAUCAAAACUCAGGGAAGAUGGAAUCCUCAUCUUGGCAGGUGGUCUGACCGUCCACAAUCUUCAUGAUCGAAAGCAAUUUUCAGAGAAGUCAGCGUCACCCGACGUGACGAUGUUUGAUCAGGCAAUAACAGUGGCUGCAUCCAAGUCCCAGCUUGACGAACGGAAGCAGUCGCUGUUCGACCUCAUGAAGCACGAUGGUUUCGCGCAGGCGCAUCCCUCUGUUGAGCAUUUUGUUCCGCUGUACGUUGCGGCAGGCGCAGGUGAGGAGGGGGGCGUUCAGGUCGUCAGCGCCAUUUACUCUGCUCCGACUAUUGCAUUCGGCAUUUGAUCAUAUGCAGAAGAAUGUACUUUGCAUAGAAGCCACGUUACAUCGCGAACAAGAUGAGCAUUAAUAUUCUAACUGGCAUAUGUAAUGAAACACGACAAUAAGAAAUAAAACACAGAAGCCCAGGGAGCAAUAUGGCGACAAGAAAGGAUAAAGUUCAAGUGCAUACAUUGAUGCAUCUUGCAAAUCCGAGAGGUAUUCUGGUACGUAUGGCGAAAACUUCCAAUUGACCUUGAUUGAUUGACAUUUCUCGUCAACGAGUCUCCUACAAUAUUAUUAUGACGCACAGGCAACUCUUUAUGCUCCAUUGUCAUUAAACUCUGGGUUGCACAUCGUAGCAUCGCUCAGGCACGCCAUGAUAUUGAUAUCGAAAUUAUAUUUGCUUUUGUAAUUGGCUAUCAGAUUACUCAUUGGUAUCUGUUGUUUCUGGCAUCGAGUUCGUGAUCUCAAGCAAC